AUGCCUGUUCAUGGACUUGUUUAUUAUACAACCCCUUCUAUGGCUACCUUCUUGGGACCAGCACAAGAUUAUCUUGUAAAGUCAUUUUUGGCUCAAUAUAUGAAAAAAUGGAUCGUUCAGUAUAAACUCUAUCGGAAUGUCCUUUCCCCAAAGAGUUUGGAAUUGUUAAAGCAAAACAUCCAUCCCUAUAUGUAUGCGUGUGUCGAUGAAAUGACCACCGUUGAAGCAGAGCCAGCAUUGGAAGACAUUAUCAUACGUACAAAAUUGUGGACAUUUCGCCAAACGUUUAACAUAGAGGGAGCGAUUUAUGAGGUUGGAGACUUCACAGUGGCUGUUGCCAAUGUUCUUCAGAAGUCAACAUGGAAAGGAAUCGUUUUCCACGUUACUUAUGAUGGUUCUGACGACGUCGAUACUGCUCGGCCCAUCCUCCAAGAGUUUUUUGAUAUUUGCUUCUUCAAAAAUGCUUCAGCACCACCCCCUGUGUAUGAAAACUAUUUUUACCAUUCCAGACAUUCUAUUGAUCCUAAACUCUUUCUUGAAAUUUUCAAGCACAGAGUCGAUAUUUCUACCCCGUCUAGUUUAUCUCAGGUGAAGUCCGAAGCCAGUCCUGUUGGUUGA